AUGGAUUUAGUUAAUCACUUAGAGGACAGAUUAUUAUUUGCCAUUCCAAAAAAAGGUAGGUUAUAUAAUAAGUGUGUGGAAAUCUUGAAUGGGUCUGAUAUCAAAUUCCACAGAUCUCAAAGAUUGGAUAUUGCACUAUCUACAUCAUUACCAAUUGCGUUAAUUUUCUUACCAGCUGCAGAUAUCCCAAUGUUUGUUGGGGAAGGUAAGUGUGAUUUAGGUAUCACUGGUUAUGACCAAGUGAGAGAAGCGGACAUUGACGUCGAAUUGCCUAUUGAUUUGGAGUUUGGUAAGUGUAAACUACAAGUUCAAGUUCCUGCAAAUGGACCAUACAAGGAUCCAAGUGAAUUGAUUGGUAAAACUAUUGUAUCUAGUUUCACAAACUUGGCAAGUAAAUAUUUCGCUGAUUUGGAAGGCGUUCCAGUAGAUAAAAUGACUACCAAGAUUAAAUAUGUUGGUGGGUCUGUGGAAGCUAGUUGUGCCCUUGGCGUGGCAGAUGCUAUUGUAGAUUUGGUGGAAAGCGGUGAGACUAUGCGUGCAGCAGGGUUAACUGAUAUUGCUACGGUCUUGGACACAAGUGCACACUUGAUUCAAUCUAAGAACCCAAAGAGUGACAAAGAUUUGAUUGAGACAAUUAAGUCAAGAAUAGAAGGUGUUAUGGCAGCACAAAAAUAUGUUUAUUGUACCUAUAAUGCGCCAAAAUCUAAUCUAAAGAACUUGUUGAAAGUCACACCGGGUAGAAAAGCACCAACCAUUCAGAAUAUUGAUGAUGAGGGAUGGGUUGCUGUUUCUUCGAUGAUUGAAAGGAAGCAAAAAGGUGUUAUAUUAGAUGAGUUGAAAAAAGAGGGUGCUACAGAUAUUCUUGUCUUUGAAGUUUCAAAUUGUCGUGUUUAA